AUGGCGCUUUCCGAGGUAUUAUCCAUGGUAGCCCAGCUUGGCUACUACGAAAAAGUGACGGGCAUUCUGGGAGUCUAUGCCAAAAAGGGCAAAGCGGUUCUAGUUCCCUCCAUGGGUGUUCACACUGCCAUGAUCAUGCCCGAGAGUGCAAUGAAUUGGGCCAUGUCGCAGCCCGACGACUCGCUGAGCAUCAAAAAGGCAUUCUCAGAGCUCAAUCAAACCAAGUACAGCCUUGGCCAUAGCAGAUACUGGGAGGACCCGUGGCAGCUCGAUCUCGUCAAGGCCCAUCUAAGCUCCAUCCUGCAAAAUCUUAUCCCCCAGCUGAAUGAAGAGCUAGCUGCCGCUUUUUCAAAACACCUGGGAACUGAUGCGGAGAAUUGGAAAGAGAUUGAGCUGGAAGUCAUCAUGAGGAGGGUUAUUGCCCAGGCAACAAGCCGAUUUAUUGUCGGCCUGCCGCUUUGCCGAGACGAUGGCUAUCUUGAUCUCUCUUACAAGGUCAUUCUCGGCAUGGUGACUACAAUCUGGGCUACCCUCCCAUUUCCCGACUUGAUCCGCGCAGUAACUGGACCUCUAGCCAGCUGGCAGACACGUCGCAAUAUUUCGAGGAUUCAAGAGCACCUCGAGCCUCUGUACCAAGAGCGCAUCUCCAUCCUCGAAAGCAGAGACGGCCAGAAAAGCGACCCGGGGCCACAGGACCUCUUCAUGAUGAUGCUUCGCUUCGCCCAAAAAAAGCGCCCAGACGAGUAUGCCAACCUCGGCAUCAUGACGCGACGCGUGUGCGCGGCCAACUUUGUCGCGAUGCACCAGUCCACCGUUUCCGUGACAAAUCUCAUCCUCAACAUCAUCGGCUCAGACGCCGAAUUCAACACCAUAGCCACACUUCGAGAUGAAAUCACCCAAGUCAUGAGAGGUACAGACGCAAAAGGCUGCUGGACCAAGGAUACGUUUACGCGCAUGAGGAAAUGCGACAGCGUCGCGCGUGAAGCGAUGCGUCUCAACUUUCCCCUGGGCACGCGCGGCUCCAUGCGCACCGUCCUAAAGGACGGCCUCGAGAGCCCCGAAGGCAUCAAGCUCCAAAAGGGAACCACCAUAUCCUGGCUGGCCUCUUGCGCACAGGUCGACGCCGACCGGUUCGACAAUCCGCAAAAGUUUGACCCCUUUCGCUUUUCGAGAGCGUCCAAAGACGACGACGACGACGACGACGACGACGGCAGGAGUACUAGUAGUCAUACCAAGGAUGCUUUUGUCACGACUUCGCCGCAGUACUUGCCCUUUGGCCAUGGAAAACACGCCUGCCCGGGAAGGUUCAUGGUCGAUUUGAUGUUCAAGAUUAUCCUGGCCCAGCUUCUGACACACUACGACCUUGGCUGGCCGGAGGAUUACCAGGGCAAGCAGCCGCCCAGUGUUUGGCAGGGGGAAUUAUCCGAGCCUCCUCCUGGCGCGCGUAUUCUGGUCAAGAGGCGCAAAGUUUAG